UGGAACGCUUUGUAAUUCACCGGCAAAACAGGACAAAAAGGUUGUCUCUGGUACCGCAUCUGUUCCGUGGCAGCGCGCUGGAAGCGUGGGAGCAUCGGCGCGCAAGGGGAGACGAGCUUUGUUGAAUUGUUGAAAAGGCUCUCAGCAUAGAGAUCAGCCUCAGAGAUGGCCGACGCCGCCGACGCAGCGGAAGCACCCCCGUCGAAGCGCCAGCGGCUGGAGGCAGCCUUUGAGGCCCAGGGCGAGGAGGGCCGCCGGAAGCGCCAGCAUCUGUGCUGCUCGAUGUGCCUCGGGCCGUUCGACGAGCCGGUCUUCGUGAAGCCCCUCGGGAACACGUACUGCAAAGGCUGCAUCACGGCGUGGCUCUCGGAGAAUCGAACGGACCCGCUCACCGGGACGCGCCUCACCGUCCGCGAGGGCAACAUCGCGGCGGUCCUCGUCCCGAACAUCGCGGUCCAGCAGAUCAUCGACGCGCAGUCGGUCCCCUGCAGAUACGCGGCGCGCGGCUGUGAAGCAUGGAGCGCCCUCGGCGACCUCGAGGCUCACGAGGCGAACUGCCCGUGCAAGCCAUCCAAGUGCGCGCGCUGCGCGUUCGUCGGGAGCCGCCUUGAAGUCGCAGCCCAUGAGCAAGCGUGUCCCUUCGUCGUGCUGGGUCCGGUGCUCGACGCGCAGAACGCGCGGAUUCGGAACCUGGAGGGCGAGGUCCGCGACGCCAAGCGGCGGCUGACGGCGGAACACGAGGCGACGCAGCGGUUGAAGGCGCGCUUGGAGGCGCUCGAGGCGCAGCGGCCGGGCGAUCUGGCCGUCGUGUCGCCGCCGGCGGCACGGCGGACGCGCGCGACGCGCGCGGGGCCCGCGGAGACGGACCCGACGCUGGUCUUCCAGUACCCGCCCGGCGUGGCGGCCAGCGACAGCAUCGUCGUCACGAGGGGCGACCUGCGCCGCCUCGAGCCGGGCGGGUACCUCAACGAAAAGCUCGUGGACUUCUACCUCAAGGUCAUCGUCGCCGACGCCCGCCGCUCGCCGCUCGCCGAAGAUCCGGACUUCGGCAACAUGGCGUCCGCCGUGCACGCAUUCCCCUCGGAUUUUUUCACGAUGCUUAGCGCGGGCAACGAACGCGUGGAGCGCUGGACGCGCGGCGUCGACGUCUUCGCAAAGAAGUUCCUCCUCGUGCCCGUCGUCGAGGACCUGCACUGGAGCCUGGCGAUCGUCUGCCACCCGGGCGAGCUGGCGAAGCGCGCCAUCGCGGGCCACAUCUACCCCACCGUAGACUCGGCCGACCACGAGGAUGGCCCGGCGCGGCCCUGCGUUAUCCAUAUGGACUCGCGCGGCUCCUCGCUGCACAGCGCGAGAAAGAUCGAGAAGUGGCUGCGCUGUUUCCUAGAGAUGGAGUGGCGCAAGCGGCACGCGGGCGAGGAGCCGUUCACGCUCUGGGCGGGGCCGCGGGCGGGCAGCGCCAUCAUGAACCCGGCGGACCUGCUGCUGGCGAGGCCCAAGGUCCCGCAGCAGAUGAACUCGGCCGACUCCGGUCUCUACGCGCUACGCUACGCCCAGGAGUUCCUCACGCGAGCCGUGUGUCGAGGCGCACCGCUCGCCGUCAACGGGCGGGACGUCUCCCUGGACUUCCGCGACCACGACUUCGAGGCGUGGUUCACCGGCCGCGACAUCGCGGAGAUGCGCCGGGACAUCAAGAAGCUGGCCGCGGACCUCGAGCUAGAGAAGAUCCGGGCCGCCUACCGGCGGGAGCAGGCCGAGGACGCCGCAGCACGCCCGCCGCGCCGCCCCCGUCAGUAGAAGGAAGUACAUAGUCCGUAAGUACCAAGACUAGGA